AUGGGGGCUUAUAUGUCUAAACCGAAAACAGAGAAAAUCUCUGAUGAUGGGGCGAAUCAGUGGUUAUCUUAUAGCUCCUGCUCUAUGCAGGGUUGGAGAAUGCAUCAGGAGGAUGCUCACAACUGUAUACCGAACUUCGAUGCAUCACUAGGUAUUUCCUUCUUUGCAGUCUAUGACGGCCAUGGUGGAUCAGAAGUGGCACGAUAUUGUGCAGAAUACAUGCCUGAUUUUUUAAUGAAACUUCCUUAUAAUAAAUUAAAUAUGAAGGAAACCUUAAAGCAGUUAUUCCUUGAUUUCGACGCUACAUUAGUAACUCCUGAAACGAGAGCUGUUCUAAGUAAAAUGUCAGAGACAGACAAAGCCGAUAGUUCAUCAGAGAAGGAGUCACCUGACCCAGCCCAUUAUACCGCUGAAAUUGAUGGUGAUGAUAAUGAUGGAGAGGAAGAUGAGAAUUAUUCUGAACUUUUGGCCCUGCGUGCUGAAGCAAACCAACCUUUGGAAGAUGUUUUAGAACAAUAUGGAGGAGAGGAUGCUUUACCUUCAAGUAUUAAGACUAUCCUGGAUACCCGACGUCAACAAAAAGUUGGUGAAUGUAGUCGUAAUUUAAGUAAAUCGUCAAAAAGUUCAUCAGAAGAUAAUGAUUCAGAGUUGGACAAAACAACAGAUUCUUCAUGCACAAAAGUAUCCAAUACUACUGAUGCCAAUGCUGUUGAAACUGUUGAACAAGGAGACUCGUCUUCUGAAUCUAGUAAUAGAACAGACAGUACUACUUAUUCUCACAAUGAUGAUAAUACAAAAAAAGAAUUAUCAAAUGAACCAUCAGAAAUACCUACAGAUAAAAAUGUAAACAAUUCUACAGUGACUGAUACAAAGAAUGAUGUUGAUGAUGAAAGUGACGAUGAAAGUGCAGAUUUUGACCCAUCAAUUGAAUUCGAAGAUAGCGAUGAGAAUGAUGAUGAUGAUGAUGAAGAGGAAGAAGAUGAAGAGGAUGAUGAUGACGACGAUGAUGAUGAUGAUGAUGAAGAUGAAGAGGAUGACGACGAUGACGAUGAACUGACUGGUUUUUCCAUACCACGUUCUAUAGCAGACACUGAAGAGUCAGAACCUGGAAUAGAUAGUGGGACAACUGCAUGCGUUGCUGUUCUUGUACCAGUCAAUGGUGUUGUACGCUUGUAUGUUGCUAAUGCUGGCGAUUCACGAGCUGUACUCUGUCGUGGUGGUGCUGCAGUCGAUUUAUCAGUUGAUCAUAAACCUGAGGAUGAAGAUGAAAAAGCUCGGAUUGUUGCAGCUGGUGGAACUGUAACGCGUGAUGGCCGAGUAAAUGGUGGUCUUAAUCUCAGUCGGGCUCUUGGUGAUCAUAGUUAUAAGCAAACUCCAAAUAUUCCAUUAACAGAUCAAAUGAUCACACCAUCCCCAGAUGUUACUGAAAUAGAUUUAAUUCCAUCAGCGGAUGAAUUUUUAGUUAUUGCAUGUGAUGGAGUAUGGAAUUCAAUGACAAGUCAAGAGGUUGUAGAAUUUAUUCAGGAUCGUUUACAUCCUCCGACUAUAAACAAUAACAGUAGUAAUAAAAACACUUCAAAUAAUCAUUCGAAUUCCGAUGCUAAUGUCAACGAAAAUGGUAAUGCUCGUAGUGAGGUCGAUAAAUUGGAUUCGUCUGAUCAAUUAAGAAAAAUUUGUCAUGAAAUUUUCGAUCAUUGUUUGGCGCCGAAUACCGACGGUGACGGUACAGGUUGUGAUAAUAUGACCUGUAUUAUAGUUCGUUUUGACAAUCUUCCUGGUUGGGUUGAAUAUUACGAAAAUAAUGAUAAAGGUACUGUAAUAAUUGAUCCAACGACCAACGCUAAAAACACAUCGACGACAACUACACUAUCACCAAGGAAACGACCAAUUUCUCAUGAACUCUCCGAGGAUAGUAAUCAUGAUAAUGAUGACGAAACACAUAUUAAUGUUCAUGAUACCAACGGAAACAAUUCAUCUCCCACCACUAAUGAUAGUCAGGCAACAACUAUGAAACGUCCAAAAUUGGAAUCUCACGAAUUGGAGAAUUCCACAGAAGCAACAAUUACAAAUGGAACAGGUAGCAAUGUUAACUAG